AUGGAAGCUAAUCAAAUAUGCUAUGAAUUCUUGUGGGGUUCAAAAUGGGAGAGAAUAAAACGUAAUACGUUAAUUGCACCUUUAGGGGAAGGGGGGGUUAAUAUGAUAGAUAUUGAAUCAUUUUUCAUUGGUCUUAAAUUAAGAUGGGUUAAAUUUUUAGUAAAUGAUGAAUUUGAUGCUUCAUCAUUGAGUGUGGAUGUUGAAUAUAUUGAGGACGCUGACGCUCAACUGAAACUUCUGGAUUUGAGGUCAAAUCAAGUUUUGCAGGAUGUUUUUCAACAAAAUUCGAUACUUGAGUUCUACUCUCGCCUCGAAAAAGAGAAUUAUCCAGUUUUGUUGAGAAAUUCAAAAUUGUGCACCACUGCUCUAUGCUAUUGGCAUAUUUUUAAAUCUAAAGUUGUUACUGAUGUAAGUCACUUGCAUGAACCACUGUGGUUCAAUAAAAAGAUAUCAAGUAAAGGGAAAAUGUUAUAUAUUGAAGAUUGGAAUAGAAAAAGUAUUUGUUUUAUUGAAGAUAUCUGUGAUUCAAAACACCAAAUUGCAAUGUUUCCAAUCAUUUUUCAUCAUUAUUGCUUUUCUGAUUUUUAUAAUGACAUGCAAUCAUAUUUAAAAGUUUUAUCAUGUAUACCCCAAGCAUGGAAAAACAAUUUAGUAAAAACCCCUCAAGCCAAUCCACAUCUUAGUCUAUUGGAAGAUAUUAGAAGAAACGAUAAAACUUCCAGAUACAUAUAUGAUAAGCUUCGUAAUGUAAAAAUCUUGAUGCCUAAGGAGAAAAUAGAAAAAUGGUCAAAUGAACUGUGCAAGAACUUGGAUAACUGGUUGACGCAGUAUGAAAAAGUUUUUUAUUGCACUAUUGAAUCGAGACUUCGAUCUUUCCAUGUUAAAUUUGCUUUGCGAGCAGUACCUACAAAUGACCUAUUAUUUAGGAUAAAUAAGACAUCAAGUCCGAAAUGUACAUUUUGUGAAAGGAAUGUUGAAACCGUGUUACAUUUAUUUUAUUUCUGUGAAUUUGUGCAACAAUUUUGGGAAAUAGUUAAUGCAUGGCUAACUGUUGAAUAUGGUUUAAAUCUUAAUCUGACAUAUAGAGAAAUUUUAAUGGGGGUAGAGCAAAACCAAGGUAUAAACUGUGUUUUAUUGAGUGCAAGAUAUUAUAUCUAUAAAUGUAAACUACGUAACGAAAGGCCUCAAUUUGAUCAAUUUUUAUAUAUGAUAAAAAGUAUAUUUAACUGUGAAAAAAUUAUUGCAACUAGAAAAUGUAAACUGUUGAACCACAUUAAGAAGUGGAAAGUUAUCAUGAACUCAUUUUUUUAAAGUGCAAUUGUGUUUAUGUGUUAUAUCGUGUGGAUAAAAAGUGAUGUUU